UCCUCACCCAUAAUUAAAGUUUUGUCUCUAGUUCCUUUUUAGACUAUGGCAACAUAUCUAGAGUUCAUUCAGCAGAAUGAAGAAAGGGAUGGUGUGCGCUUUAGUUGGAAUGUGUGGCCUUCCAGCCGGCUUGAAGCUACAAGAAUGGUUGUCCCCCUGGCUUGUCUUCUUACACCUUUAAAAGAACGUCCUGACCUGCCUCCUGUACAAUAUGACCCUGUGCUGUGCAGCAGGCCAACCUGCAAAGCUAUUCUCAAUCCACUUUGUCAGGUUGAUUAUCGAGCAAAACUUUGGGCCUGUAAUUUCUGUUUCCAAAGAAAUCAGUUUCCUCCAGCUUAUGCAGGUAUAUCUGAGGUGAAUCAGCCAGCUGAAUUGAUGCCCCAGUUUUCUACAGUUGAGUACAUGCUACAGCGAGGUGCUCAAACCCCUCUGAUCUUCCUUUAUGUGGUUGACACAUGCCUGGAAGAAGAUGAUCUUCAAGCCCUCAAAGAAUCCCUCCAAAUGUCCUUGAGUCUCCUUCCUCCAGAUGCUCUGGUAGGCUUGAUCACAUUUGGGAGGAUGGUGCAGGUUCAUGAACUCAGCUGUGAAGGAAUCUCCAAAAGUUAUGUCUUUCGAGGGACCAAGGAUUUAACUGCAAAGCAAAUACAGGAUAUGCUGGGCCUGACCAAGCCUGCCAUGCCCAUGCAACAAGCAAGACCUGCUCAGCCUCAGGAGCAUCCUUUUGUUUCAAGCAGAUUUCUGCAGCCUGUUCACAAGAUUGACAUGAACCUCACUGAUCUUCUCGGAGAGCUACAGAGGGACCCAUGGCCUGUAACUCAGGGGAAGAGACCUUUGAGAUCCACUGGUGUGGCUUUAUCUAUUGCUGUUGGCUUGUUGGAGGGUACUUUUCCAAACACUGGAGCCAGGAUUAUGUUGUUUACUGGAGGUCCCCCAACCCAAGGACCUGGAAUGGUAGUUGGAGAUGAAUUAAAGGUUCCUAUUCGUUCUUGGCAUGAUAUUGAGAAAGACAAUGCACGUUUAAUGAAAAAGGCAACCAAGCACUAUGAGAUGCUUGCUAAUCGAACUGCUACAAAUGGUCACUGCAUUGAUAUUUAUGCUUGUGCCCUUGAUCAAACAGGACUUCUGGAGAUGAAGUGUUGUGCAAAUCUCACUGGAGGCCACAUGGUGAUGGGAGAUUCUUUCAACACUUCACUUUUUAAGCAGACAUUCCAAAGAAUUUUUACUAAAGAUUUUAAUGGAGAUUUCCGAAUGGCAUUUGGUGCUACUUUGGAUAUAAAGACCUCUCGGGAACUGAAAAUUGCUGGAGCCAUUGGACCUUGUGUAUCUCUGAAUGUGAAAGGACCAUGUGUAUCAGAAAAUGAGCUUGGUGUUGGUGGCACAAGUCAGUGGAAAAUCUGUGGCCUAGAUCCCACAUCAACGCUGGGCAUCUACUUUGAAGUAGUUAAUCAGCACAAUGCCCCGAUUCCCCAGGGAGGUAGAGGUGCCAUCCAGUUUGUCACACAUUAUCAACAUUCCAGCACCCAGAGACGCAUCCGUGUAACCACCGUUGCCCGAAAUUGGGCAGAUGCACAGAGUCAGCUUAGGCACAUAGAAGCUGCAUUUGACCAGGAGGCGGCUGCAGUCUUGAUGGCACGACUGGGAGUGUUCCGAGCAGAGUCAGAGGAGGGGCCUGAUGUUCUUCGAUGGCUAGACCGACAACUCAUCCGACUGUGUCAGAAGUUUGGACAAUAUAACAAAGAUGACCCCAAUUCUUUCAGAUUGUCAGAUACCUUCUCUCUGUACCCUCAGUUCAUGUUCCAUCUUAGAAGAUCUCCAUUUCUUCAAGUGUUUAACAACAGUCCUGAUGAGUCAUCAUAUUACAGGCACCAUUUUGCUCGACAAGACCUAACCCAAUCUCUCAUUAUGAUCCAACCCAUUCUCUAUUCCUAUUCUUUCCAUGGGCCACCAGAGCCUGUGCUCCUGGACAGCAGCAGCAUUCUAGCUGACAGAAUUUUGCUGAUGGAUACUUUCUUCCAAAUUGUCAUUUAUCUUGGUGAGACCAUAGCCCAGUGGCGUAAAGCUGGGUACCAGGAUAUGCCCGAGUAUGAAAACUUCAAGCACCUUCUGCAGGCACCAUUGGAUGAUGCUCAAGAAAUUCUGCAGGCGCGCUUCCCAAUGCCUCGUUACAUUAAUACGGAGCAUGGAGGUAGUCAGGCUCGAUUCCUCUUGUCCAAAGUGAACCCAUCCCAAACACACAACAACCUAUACGCUUGGGGGCAGGAAACAGGAGCACCCAUCCUAACUGAUGAUGUUAGCCUGCAGGUGUUCAUGGACCAUUUGAAGAAGUUGGCUGUUUCUAGUGCCAGUUAAGCUGAGAAUUAGCCGGAAAUAGAAGAAAACACUGUCAAGUUUUGUUCACAAUUAUUUUUAAAGACUUAAGAACAUUCCUUUCACUUUUCUGGUGGAUUUUAAUAAUCAAAAGAAGUGUUGUAACUCUUUAGAUUAUAAUUUAUUUGUAUUCCUUGUUUGUGCUCCUUACCUUGUACCAUGAAACUAUAAGGUCAUAAAUGUUUUGGUGUUAUAGAUGGUUUGUAUGCUUUUUGUAUUCUAACUUGGGUCUGUAUAAAAUCUGAGAUGACGUAUUUUGGCAGCUUACUUAAAUGAAAUUGUUAUGAUGAGAAAGCAAAUAAAUCUGAAUGAAGAAAGUAUGACUAAUAUAAUGCUAAUACAGAUUUGAUUCAUGA